GCCGCCACCCUGCCCAUCUCUGCUCACGCAGGGCGGGAGCAGGAAAAGCAACUUGUGCGGAACACGGAGAGGGACUAGGAACCAGCAGCCUCAACACGGGCUGUGUGUAGUGUAUGGGGCUUCUUCCAGGGGGUGAAUAAAAGAAAGGCGGUGGGAGGGCACAAAAUGGCGCUACUCUGUUCACCCCCCCCCCCCAUCCCUUUCCUUCCAAUAGCCAAGACUCUGAGCCACCCACACGCCCCCUUCCAGACUCCACACACGCGAAAAGGAAGGAGGGCGGGCGGGCGAGCAGAGGUGUCGCCGCCUCCUCCAUUAACAAACAUGACACUGAGCUCUGCUGCGUCCUCCUCCCCACCUUCCACCCUCCUCCCCCUUGGGGCCCGCAGCCGCCUUCGCGUCCUCGGUGUGGCGUGGGGUUCCAGGCCGGCCUCGGGGUGGCGGCCUGCGGGCCAGGCUCCCUGAGCCGCCACGGGGCGUGCUGUGGCGCGCGGUACGCAGGCUUCCCCCAGCAGGUGGCACCGGGGUCCCAGGCGCCGCCGCCGCUUAGUCAGUGCCACACGCAAACCAUUGAUUUGCUUCCUCCUUUUUCCUCCCCCCGCUCCUUCUCCCUAUACGCGCUCCCCUUGUUGGGCUCCCUGCGAAAGCCGGCAAGGCUUUUCUCUUCCCUUCUCAACAAGGGGGCCGGGGAGAGGAGGGGGGGACUGGAGCCCCUCUUCAAAGUUUGGAGCUGAAUGUGGGGGAAGACCGAAGCUGAGGCGGUGGAAAGUCUGGAGCCAACUUGUCCCAGUUCCUGUCUUUCUCUUUCGCUACACUUGGAACUGAAAUCUCCCAGUUCCAGUUUUAUUUUUGCUGAUUAAAGAGACGGACCUUGGUCUUCCUUGCUUGGGUGACUGCUGUACCCAGCCCUCUCUCUCUCUCAUCCCAUUUCUUCUUCCUUUCUUCCUCCUUCCUCCCUCUUUGCCCACACUAUGGAGUUUACUGAGAGGAAGCGGAGCAGAAAAUCCCAAAGCUUUAAACUGAUAAAUCAAGAUUAUCCUCAUGAGACAUUCAAGAUCUCUGAUUACAGUAAUGAUGUUAAUGGAGAGGUCAAAGAAGCACAACCAUUUUAUUUAGGAGAUGAAAGUCGGGAAAUUAAAAAGCAAAUUACAGGGAUGAGAAGAUUACUGAAUGACAGCACUGGAAGAAUAUAUCAGCGAGUUGGCAAAGAAGGAGAAAAGCUGAAGGAAGAACCUCCGGAUUUAGAUGUGGCUUGGGCUCAGCGUCUGAACCCUGCUGCAGAGACCCCGGCAAACCUCCAUCCAUCUCAGAGUGGUACAUGGAAUGAAUUAUCUCCCCAAACUAGCCAGUUCUCAGGACAGUAUGGAACUCGGUCCAAAACCUUCCAAAAUCAAGCAAGAACCAUAGGCUCAAAUGGAGAAAUUCCGGCUGCUAAUUCUUCAUCUGGCUCAAACUGUUGUACUUGUAACUGCCAACCAGCAUUGCAGGCCAUUCUUCAAGAGCUUAAGACCAUGAGAAAGAUAAUGCAGAUUCAAGCAGUUGCUGCUCAGAACAGACAACAGCCUCCUGCUCCUCUGGUUUGUGCACAGAAAUCAACAAUAUCAAGGAAGAGAAAUAAAAAGAAAAAAAUACCCCCAAAGGCUGUUGAACCUCUUACUGUGAAUAAGAAGCUCAGCACUGCAGAAAAUGAAAAAAAGUUGACAGUAAACUCUGAAAAGUCCAACCUGGAAGCCGCUGAGUCCUCCUUGAAAUCGGAGCCACAGGUUUCAGGAUUUGGCAUUGUCCUCGAAUCAUCAUCCUCAGAUCCAGAAGUACAGCUUGCUGAAGGUUUUGACGUCUUUAUGCCCAAAUCACAACUGGACUCUAUAUUAGCAAAUUACACGCGCUCAGGAAGCCUGCUGUUUCGAAAGCUGGUGUGUGCAUUUUUUGAUGACAAGACCUUGGCCAACUCCUUACCGAAUGGCAAAAGGAAAAGAGGUCUCAAUGACAACCGAAAAGGACUAGACCAAAAUAUUGUGGGCGCAAUAAAAGUGUUCACAGAAAAGUACUGUACUGCAAACCAUGUGGAUAAACUGCCUGGCCCAAGAGACUGGGUACAGAUUCUGCAGGAUCAAAUAAAGCUGGCAAGAAGACGGUUAAAAAGGGGCUCAGCAGAGACAACUGAAUGUGAUGAGAAACUGGACAUUUCUCUACUACAAACAGGUAACCUCUUUGAAACCACACAUUCCACGCCAGUGUUUCACUAGCAGAACCAGCCAUCUUUGCGAUUGAGCAGGAUACUAGUGACAUUUUCAGAUUACUUCAGUAUCUAUAUUCUGCUCUGCCAUGGCCUCAAAUCUAAGUUUUUUUCAUGCUUAUAUAACACGGGAUAUCAGAACCACCAGAUUAUUGGUUUCCUUUAUUUUAAUCAAAAUAGUCUUGUUCAGCAGCAAGGAUAUAGUGCAAUUAGCCUGGUAACCACUGUAAUAGAACAAAUUUUGCCUUUGAUUGUAUUUUCCCACAUCAAUAUAUGCAUGCUGGCUAUUCUGUUUCAUCUUCAGUUAAAUAGAGAAAAAUAAACACAAUUAGAAACCUUUCUUCCGCUCAGGAGGGAGCUCUGAAGAACCCCAUUUUGUAUUGGCUUCUUGUGAAGAAAUCAUCUUCAUAUGACCAAUAAGCUACUAGAAGUUUAAUGAAUCAUUAAUUUCAUCUGUUUGAAAAUCCUCUCUCUCUCUUUUCUUGGUUCAUGAUUCCUCUCCUCGGUGAAAUAUGGUCAAUCCAUGUAUUUGACCAUAAGAAUACCACUUAUUGAUAUUAAUAUAUUGCCUGUUGUUGAGACCAGAGCAAAUAUUUGUGAAUGUGAAAUGAACUGUUCUUGAUACUAAGGUUCUGCAAACAUUUUAUUUUGCAGACCAUUUGAUAUAACAGCCACUUCCCUCUCCCUCUCUUUAACCUGCCUUUUGUUUUUUCAGUCUUGUAGUUUCAAAAAAGUUAUUUAAAUAAUUAAAUCAGCAAAGUUUCCACAGGACUUCUAUAUGCUUUUCUGUAAUAUGUGAACAAAAUGUGCAGAGCAUACCAUUCCAAUUUGGGGAGUGGCUAUUAUUUUUCUCACAUGCCCAUUAAAAUGGACCAUUAAAAUUUCCUCUCCCCGAAAUCUGUUGGGGAGAGGAAAAUUACUAAUAAGAAAAUGUAUGAAUAUGUAUCCAAGUUUCCACUGCCCUUGAGCCAAUCCAGAAGCUCAGCUCAACAAGAUGGAAUAAAAGUUUAUUAUGCCUCCUUGCUUAUAAAGAUGGAUCCAAACUUCAUGUGCUUGCGCAGCUAAGAAUAGUUGCUGUGUAGUGGAGGGAGUGAGGUAUACCUGAUUUCUCCUUUAUACAUAAAAGACACUGGCCCAAUCCAGAAGGUGGUUUAUUUUACUGUGAACACCGAUUGUUAUGGGGGAUUUCAUGGAACAUCCAGAUGACUCUUCAUUUUGUGUGGAAUUUGUUCUACUUCUUUUAAACACCCCUGUCUUGAAAACACUGGCAGAACAACUUGUGCAAUGAGCAAAUGUGUAGAUGGACCAUAGUGGUUUUUCAUGUAGCUGGAAAUGUAUCUGAGGAUUGGCUCCCAAAGUCACCACUUCCUCUUCUACACCUUUGCCACUUUACCUCUACUCCUUGCCCUUUGCAGUUUUUGAUUUGUUUGUUUUAAACUGAGGUCAGUUGUAUCACUAUUCAUGGUCUUUCCUUUUAUUUAUAAAAAUAAAAGUCAAAUCUCAUUCAUGUUUAUGUAUAUGUAAGCCUCACUGCAAUUAGUGGGGCUUCCUCCCAAGAAGGGGAAAGGGGACAACUAUGAAUUUUGCCAAAAGAGCAACUGUGCAUCAAAAAUAUUGUUGAUAGGAUUAAAUGGCAAAGUGCCUCAACAUUUAAAAAAUAUUUUUAGAGCAAACCUGCAUAAGAGCCACUGGAGCUAUUUUUCUGAAAUUGGGGGAGUAUCAUGGCUUCAGAAUGUUGUACCAUGCAUGCAAUUUUUAUCCCAAUCUGCAGGAAAUUGACAAGUUAUUGGGGCGGGGAUCCAGGCCAUUAAGGAAUACCUUUACAGAAACUUCCACAAACUCCCUGAAAUUUUGGAGCUAUAAUGCCUUGAGGAGGAGCUGACGUACUUGCAUUUUCCUCCCCGUUCUGAUAAGGAAUUGAAAAGUUAUAGACUUUUUAGUAAUUUGUUAUAGUCCAGAUAAUUCUUUUAGCACUAUAUUACAGUCUUGUGCUGUAUUGCUUAUUCUCCUCCUCUCCCAGUAACUGAAAGAGCACAAGAACAGCAAUUUCUUUUUUAAAGGGUUAAAUGGUGGUUUCAUCAGCAUCUUAUAUGCAUGUUUACUCUGAAAUAUGCCCCACUAUGUUAAUUGAGGCUUACUCCCAGGAAAGUGUACUUAGGGCAGAAAGGAAAUCCAUGGGUUUUAAGGAAGUGAUUAAAUUUCAACAACCAUGUCUAGAGAACAGAAACAGGAGAUACUUAAAACCACACCAAACAUUCCCCCCCCCCGCCCUUUCUAUUCCAACCUAUAAAAAUCUCAGCAGAAAGGGAGGGAAAUGCUACGUAAGUUUAAUAAAUGGGAAGUGUUUAACAAGGUUGAUUUUUUAAAGUCUCUGGGCCCAGUGGGACAUACAGGCAAACAAUUGGCAACAUUCUGCCCCCACCCAGUGCAGACAAAAGAUAGGUCUGUGUGUGUGUGUGUGUGUGUGUGUGUGUGUGUGUACAUGUACACAAACACACCCAUCUGGAAGAAUCCUUUGUGUGAGCUGGGUACUACAUAUAUGGAUAUAGGUAUGCAUAGGCUUGAUAUUGACAAUCUUCUCUCUCCCUUUUAAUGGGAGAGGGAUUAUCCACAUCCAGUCUCCAUGCAUAUGGACUGAUGUGUGGAGUGCCCAGUUUACACAAUGCCUUUUGUUCAUAGCAGAGAGGAGCACAUGCACCCGCUCUCUUCUCCUUUAAAUUAUAAUCCUCAGCUGAGCACAUAUUUAUGAACCCACCCUCACUCUUUCCUGUCCCCUCUUUACCUUCUAUACAUAACCAUAUGCCCAAGGAAGAAGAGAAGAUACCUACUUCACUUAACUACUGCUACAUAACUACUAUGACUAAGAUUGCAAAUUAUUCCCUUCCCACCGCCCCCAAUUCUACUUUGUAUCAAUUUUGAAAAUAUAAACAGCCUCUCUACCAAACUCCACACUCUCCAGUGGAAUACUUCUAUUGGAUAGCUUCACAAUUGUUUCUGUGCUGGACUGAGGGUGGUUCUGAUUACAGUAAAGAUAAAAUACAUGCACCAUAACAGCACUAACUAUGCAUCUUCCUAUAAACAAAAACAAAAAAAUUAUUUCACUCAAUUUUACUUCCUAGUUAACUAAUACAUAGGUGUUUAAUGUUUUGCCCCCAAACACACAAGUCCUGAGCUACUUAUUCCAUUCUUUAGAGCUGAAACUAUUACAAGUAUUGUGUCCCACCUCACCCCAAUAUUUUCAAUUUAUUUUGUACCCCUGCUUUCAAAAGAAAGUGUGUCUGGAUAUUCAUAAAUCUAUAUACUGAUCUUCAAGGUUGUAAGCACACCAAGAUCCCUCAAAUACCAUUUGAGGACAAGAGCGGUGUAUUCUUGUUAUCUUUGAAGAGCCAGGCUUCUAUUUUGUGUGUGUGUGUGUGUGUGUGUGUGCGCGCGCGCACGCACCUGUUACCAGCUACCAUGUUCAGACUUCUAAUGCUACGUACAUGAUGAGCAUUUCAUAGAUAGUUACCAUCACCACACCAAUAGACUGUGCUAUAGAUGUUUAGGAAGAACCUAUUCAACUCACACUGAAUAACCACUUCUACACAAUUCAAUAACCCUUUUAUGGAAUUUUAAACUUAAUGUCACCAAUUUAUUAUUGAAAUGUGGCUGUGUUCUCUUGACAAACUAAAUCCAGCAUUGGAGUCUUUAAAAGUGCAUUUCCUCAAAGAUUGAUGAGAUUUCUCCCUCAUGAACAGAACUUAAAUCUCCCGAGCAUUUUUACAGUACAUCUACAAAUAAGACAUACAUAUUGUAACCAUCAACCAACACAAUCAGCAUUUUUUCAUAAACCUUGAAAACAAUUGUAAUGUGUCUACUUAAAUGUGACUACUGUUCAGACUUUUAUUCAGAAGUCUUUUUAUAGGUUUUAUUAGGAAAAUCAUUCCAUAUUUAGGUAAAAAGUGUCUCAAUCUUAUGUAUAUAAGUUUUAUUAAUAUGUACAUAUUUAGCUAUUUUUUAAAUUACUAUGUUCUUAAUAAAACCAACAAGGGACUAGUUGUGAAAUGGUGCAUAAGAUCGUGUUGUGUUAUCAAUCUUUGGGAAUCCCUCUUUGUCAAGUUCAGGAAAAAAACCACAAUAAAUUACUCUAAUUCA